AAUAAAGGAAUUGGUUAUGCAGUCGUACGACAUCUUGCCCUGAACUAUGCUAGUUCAUCAUCAUAUCAGCCUCUUACACUUUUGUUAACAGCACGUAAUCCAACACUAGGUCAAAAUUCAACAAAUAAAUUACGUGAAGAAUUGAAGCCUAAUAUUUUAGUAGAUGAUGGUGGGAAAGUGGAUUUGAAAUUUUUGAAAUUGGAUAUAACCGAUGAACAAAGCAUUAAGGAAGCUAAAGAAGUUAUUGAGAAAGAUUACGGAGGGCUUGAUGUUUUAAUUAAUAAUGCGGGUAUUGCAUUCAAAGGAGAUAUAUUUGAUAUCAAUGUUGUUCGUACAACAUUAGGCACCAAUUUUUAUGGUACACUUAACGUAUUCAAUACUUUAUAUCCGCUUAUUAGACCAAAUGGUCGUAUUAUUAACGUUUCAAGUACAGCUGGAAAACCAAGUUUUUUGAGUAGUGCUUUGAGACAAGAAUUUUCUAAAGAGAAUCUAGAUAUGGAGGGAUUAAUUAAAUUAAUGAAGAGAUUUGAGAAUGCAGUAGAGACGGAUAUUCACUUACAGGAUGGAUGGCCCAUUCAAGCUUAUGUAGUGUCCAAAAUUGGAGUAUCAAAAAUGACACAAAUUUUGGCUCGUCGCGCUGAUAAGGAGGGUAAUAAUGUUAAAAUAUUUGCAUGUUGUCCUGGUUGGGUUAAAACAGAUAUGGCAGGUGACGCGGCAAAACUCACUCCUGACCAAGGUGCAGAAACACCAGUAUUUCUUGCUCUCGACGAAACAGUUGUGCCUAAAAGUCCAACUGGAACUUUUUGGUAUAGAAAGAAAAUUUUUGAAUGGUCAAAACUUUAA